CAGCCCUAGCCCCCUCCCCCGCCCUUUCUCUUCUCGGUUUCCCUGUCAGGGUGCGGGUCCAGUCUGGUGGCUGCUUCUGGUAGGAAAGCGCUGCAGGGCGAGUCGGCCUCAGUUCCUCAUCAUGUCUUACGGUCCCUUAGACAUGUAUCGGACCCCGGGGUCCUCUGGGCCCCAGCUCCGGGACUUCAACAGCAUCAUCCAGACGUGCAGCGGCAACAUCCAGCGGAUCAGCCAAGCCACUGCUCAGAUAAAGAAUUUGAUGAGCCAACUAGGAACUAAGCAGGACUCAAGCAAACUACAGGAAAAUCUGCAGCAGUUACAGCACUCCACAAAUCAGCUUGCCAAGGAAACAAAUGAGUUACUGAAGGAGUUAGGGGCCUUGCCUCUUCCCUUAUCUGCUUCGGAACAGCGCCAGCAGAAACUUCAGAAAGAACGCCUCAUGAAUGACUUCUCUGCAGCCUUAAAUAAUUUCCAAGCUGUGCAGAGAAGGGUAUCUGAAAAAGAAAAGGAGACUAUUGCCAGAGCAAGAGCUGGAUCUCGUCUCUCGGCGGAGGAGAGGCAAAGAGAGGAGCAGCUCGUCUCAUUUGAUGGCCAUGAGGAGUGGAACCAGAUGCAGAGCCAGGAGGAUGAGGUGGCCAUCACUGAACAGGAUCUGGAACUUAUUAAAGAGAGAGAAACAGCAAUUCGGCAGCUGGAGGCUGACAUUUUGGAUGUCAAUCAGAUAUUUAAAGAUUUGGCCAUGAUGAUCCAUGAUCAGGGUGAUCUAAUUGACAGCAUAGAAGCCAAUGUGGAAAGCUCAGAGGUACAUGUAGAAAGAGCCACUGAUCAGUUACAGCGAGCUGCCUACUAUCAGAAAAAAUCUCGCAAGAAGAUCUGUAUCCUGGUGCUUGUCCUGUCAGUGAUUAUUGUAAUCUUGGUACUUAUUAUCUGGCAAAUUUAUAAAUGAAGUGAUUGCCUCAGAGCCGCCUUCUGCUGAGCUGUUUUCAAGGGCACGUGCUUCAUGGAGUCUUGCCAGAACAAACUGAUCACAAGAAGAGAGCAUACACCAGAAUGUCCUGUAAUAAUUUAGUUAGAAAAUAACUACUAACUAGUCCUUGGAAUUAGUGGCCUAUGGAGACAGUAUUUAUCAAUUUACGUAUACAUUUUAUUGAUUUCUCAAAUUCAGAAUUAAUUUAUGUGGAUUUUGCUUUCUCUUGUGUUCUGAUCACCCUUCAUCCCAAGUGUUUACUGAAAAUUCCAUUCUAGAUGUUCUUGUUUUGACAGGUGACACUACAGUCUUGUAAUGCUGUCAUUUUGUGUGUAUACUAGAUUCACCUUUUUACUAGCAACUGAGAUAGAAUUUCUUUCUGACACCCAGCGCAGCGGAGUCUGUGAGAAACUAUAUUAUAAGCCAGUACUUUUUAUUAUUUAACAUUUUAAUUUGAAUUCCCAAGAAGCCUAUUCUCUUUCUGCUUUGAAAGAUUAAGACAGUGUACUUAACUGGAAAGUGAAACACUGCACAUUUGAUCCAGAUUAAAAGUGUCUAUGUGAGCUGGCCACUUAUUGGGGUUCCUGUUAGUGGGGCUUAAAGUUUACUUUAUUAUUUCCUAAUGUCAUCCGCAGCAGUUCAUCUGUACACACACUAAACCAUCUUGUUCACUUUGAUAAGAGGUUAAUUUAAUUAACAUUACUGUGCUCUCUGGGGUCCCUCUCCCCAUGUCUGUAUAGAAAGGGAGAAUUAGACAAAGCAUGCUUUUGGAAAGCAAAUAGGAAUUGUUUGGAAUGAUUUAAACUUUUUGUUGUUGUUCACUUGUGGUUCUACAUUCCUGGCGAAUGAUGAAUGUUGCUGUCAAAAGGCUGCCCCUUACCCAUGAGGGUUGCUGGCCGUUUGAUGGCAGGAAGAUUUUUAAAGGCUAGACUGAAGUUGGUUUAAAAUUUAUUUCCAUGAACCUGGUGAUACAGAAAAGGUUCAUUUUUGUAAAUAAUACUGGUUUGGAAUAGUGAUGUUAGACUUACCCUAAUUUAUGAACAAGAGAUUAAUCUCCAUGUGUAGUUUUAGACAAAAAAAAAAUGUUUCAAUAAAAGAUUGCUGUCUUGUAAUAUAAAUGUUGUCCACUUCCCUUUUCCACACAGGUCUAGAGAAGUUAAAGGGAAUGUAAUUUCUGUAGACUCACACGUAAAUGUGUUUUGGGCCAAUUUCAGUUCAUCCUUUAGUGAAUUAGAGGAUUGGGCUACCCUGGAUAUAUUUAUAUUCAUUUCUUCCACUCCCUUUAAUGUUAAUCUCCUUUUACCAAACUAAUGUGAAUAGUAGGGAAACAAGGGCCCAGAUGCCUAAGUUUCUUUGUACUCUUGCACUCCUUAAUACAAAUAAACAUUUUAAAAACUUUUGUAGUAAGUUUUUAUGAGUUAACGUCCUGAUGCGGUAGCUAUGAGGUUAUGUGCUGUCCUGAGAAACGUUGAGACCCGCAAGAAGCUGGAGAUCGGGUGAGGGCUGGUUUGGAGGUGGAAUAAGGGCCGCUGCUGCCCACUGCUUGAAAAACAGAAUGGAGCUACUGCGGUGUCAGUGGCCCAAGCGGCAGCUUCAGGGCUAAUUGCUUGGUUCUACAAUCAUGGCCCCUUCAGCUCCAGAUUAAAGCUGGACUCGGAUGCAUCAUUUGUAACAUUUCAGGCAAGAAAACAUUCUUGAUUGUGAAAAACAAUUUCAGUUUGGGUUAAAUGAAGCUAUCAUAGUUCUGUUCUAUAAUACUAUGUAAUCUAGUGGUCGUGGUACCUAGUGGUCAUGGGUAGCAAAUAUGACCUUGGCUAGAAUUCAUAUGGCCUGGAGUUUGUGGUAGUUGCCAAGAGGUUGUGGUAGGUGGUCUUAAUAAAUGUGUUCACAGAA